GGAGAACGGGCUGGUGCAGCUUCCUUGGGCACCGUGCUCGCCUUCGUAGCAUUUUCUUCAUUUACAAUUACCCUGCCCAGCGAUGUCCCACAAGAGACCAGACCCCUUUAAGGAGGCAGACGUGUUCCAUAUUUUCGAUGUUGACGGUAUCGCGCCGUCGCCUUCGUCGUCGACCUCCGCGGAGGCGCACGGAAACGCGACCAUUAACGAGGUGCAAUACCAGGCUCUUGUGCAGAUGAUCGCCUCCAACCUGGGGCUGACCACCGACGACGCUGAGCGACUCUUCCCCUCUCACAAGAUGCACGAGAACGCCGAUGACGGCAAAGAGGGUCCAGUGGCAGCGGAUGUUGGUGCCCUGAGCUCUUCCUCCUCGGCGGCACGUGAGCCGCCGCUGUGCGCGCACCUGGCGCGUGAAGGCGCCGCGUCGCUCUGGUCAGACCCGUCUGCCAACUUAAUCCCUGACGUGCGCUGCUGUGAUGCACGGGAUGUGCAGAAAGCGGAGCCCUUCCCUGCGACCGGUCACGGACCACACGUGCACUGCCUCUACUGCUGUCACUCGGCCUUCCAGAGCACGACUCCGCCCGUGCGAGGCGUGCCGCCACCCAUCGUGACCGACUUCCGCGAUUCCGCCUCGCUCCAGGCACACCAGCGCGAGCACCGCAACCGCUACCUCACCUACUUAAAGCUGUUGGAAGACGGGACCGGUGGCAGCUCCGAGAUGGGCACCGACAUGUUGUCGGAUGAAGGGCUUGCGGUGUGCGAGGCGGCGGCAGAGGAGGCGGGUCGCCAUGCUUGCUAUAUGGCGGCCAUGGGCACCCCCGCCUGUCCCAUCGUCGUGUUCUACUGCGCCGAGUGCGACAGCUUCGCGCCGCUGGUGCGGCUUCAUCCUACGGGUGAUGGAGAACACCUAAGUGAAGCCCGUGCAUGGUCGUCGACGGAGGAACUGAACGUGAUCCUUAGCCGAUUACUGCUCUGCUGUCAUUUGCUGUACAUGAUGGACCUGUCUCGCUUCUCCGGUUAUCUGGAAGGCGCUCCCGGUGCUGACGGGACGGGUGGUGCUGCAGCCGACCAGCAGCCACGUCAUAUUCUGUAUCUAUUCAAGCCCAUUCUCUUCCACGAAGGUGUGGAGGAGGAAGUGAUGGAAGAGUUCGAAAGCGACGCCGAAUGCACGUACGCCGCCGCCGUGCUACCAAACGCAAGUGUGAUAGGUGCGCCAGCAGAACUGCUGCUUCUCGACUCGGAAGAGGACGGACAAGACGGGCACGGCAGACCUGAAAAUGCAAGCGCCUCCUCGCAGACGUACUCCCCCGCUGUCAUUGGCUUUGCGAUGGAGUGGGCAUCGGAGGCGCUCGCCCAGUCGAAGCUGGACCUCCUCCUACGUCAACACGAAUUGGGUAAAUCGGUCGCUGGUGCCGCUGUCGUGCCGUUUCGCGUGGCGACGCGUUGGGUGUACGUCGAGGACACCGAGGAGUGGGUGAGGGCGCACGUGCUGCACCAUCGCACGGUGGCCACGCGUGAUGAGCUCCCCCGCUCCUACGUGGAUGGCGCAGACGAGGGCAUCCGUGUCGUGGAGACGUACGCAAUAGACACUCCAAUGCCCGAGGCGUGCGUCACGGCAGCGUCCGCUUCCGCGGCGGCGGCGGUGGUCUGCUCCUCUGACGCAGCUAUCGUGCAAACGCCGUCCAACGUGGUGGUGGAGGACGACGACGACGAGGUCGAGGACCCGCUGGCUCUGGAUGGUUGCCCGUACUCGAUGGAGUCCCGCACCAUCGAUUUUUUUGUCCGCAUGACGGCACUCGCGAAGGCCAUGCACGAGCUAGCCGCGUGGCGCCUCUCCAUCGAUGAAAACAAGCAAGUCCUUUCGUAA